AUCUCACAAAUCUCACGAUUUCUGGUGAUAUAUUCACUCAGUAAAAUCCGAGCAUUCGAUCGAUUCCUAUUUGUAGCCCUUCUCCGCGCUCCUGGAGCCACGCUGAUCCUUUCAUGUCGUGAGCUCCACAGACCUUCAAACUGUCGCAACGACUCCUCCUCCGCCCGCUCGUAAGAGCCUCGGGCGGAUGGCCAUGGCUGUCAAGCUUAAAGACCCGAUGUCCCCGUGGCAUCGCUCGUCCUAUUUUCUCUCAUGGCUUCAAAAUCAUGGCACAAUCUCCUAGCUGGUGGUCCCCCUCUCCUACCGAUGAACAUGCCUCUGCCUCUCAGCAGGCCUCUUUCGAGUCGAAGCCUCUCGACGAAGAUGUCCUGUCUGAACCUGAGGAAGAAAAGCUUAUGACGAGGCGCGUACACAUCCUGGGUCUCGGGAGCAUUGGCACAUUGGUCGCUCACUCGCUGCGAUGUCUACCUAAUCCACCGCCUAUCACCUUGAUGAUGCACAAACAAGAACAGUAUGCGGAAUUUAGAAAAGUUGGCCGCAACAUUGCUCUCAUAGACCAGAAGAACAAUAUCAAUGACGAGCAGAUUGGCUAUGAUGUGGAAGUCUAUGAAGGCCAUGAUCCCGAAACUGGCCCAAGGUGGCGCUUCAUGCCUGAUUUCGAAACCAAGCCGGGAAAAGGUCCAACACCGCCAGUGACGAAUCCUCUCGAGACCGAAGAGUCUUUGCCUAAUGGGAAGAUUUUUAUCUACUGCUUGAUUGUUGCUGUCAAGGGUCAUGCAACGGUGGCCGCCCUUCGAUCAGUACAAGACAGAGUUGACUCAAGAACAACUAUAUGCUUUAUGCAAAACGGACUGGGACAGAUCGACGAACUUAAUCGCGAAGUCUUCACUGAUCCCGCAACUCGCCCGACAUAUAUCCUCGGAAUCGUGUCUCACGGUGUUUACAUGGCUGAUCCAUGUGCGGUUGUUCAUGCUGGUUAUGGUACAAUCGCACUAGGUGUGUCUCGAGACAAAGACCGACAUCCACUUCCUCCACGAACUUUGACUAGAAAUAUCUCUGACCUGACCGACGAUGAGCGCACGAAAUUCUAUCCAAGUGAUAAGGAUCUAUUUUCAAGCGUGUCGUCGAGAUAUCUCUUACGCACAUUGACAAGGUCAACAGUGUUGGCGUGUGCAGUAUUUCCUUACCUGGAUCUUUUGCAGUUACAAUUGGAGAAGCUAGCAGCGAACGCCGUUCUCAACCCUCUGACAGCACUUUUAGAUGUACCGAACGGCGCCCUACUUGAGAGCAACGAACUCUCCGUAGUGCAACGACUUUUGUUGGCCGAGGUGUCUCUCGUCAUUCGCGGCUUACCAGAACUGGAAGGAAUUCCAAAUGUUAAAAUGAGGUUUUCGGCCCGGAGGCUAGAGCAGCUUGCUAUGGCUGUGACUCGUCGGACAGCUCAAAAUUCCAGCAGUAUGCGGGAAGACCUUCGUCAUGGCAAAAAGCCAGAGAUUGACUACAUCAAUGGCUACAUUUUCAAACGCGGAGAAGAGCAAGGCAUCAAAUGCGCCCUUAAUUUCAUGUUGAUGCAAUUGAUCAAAGGCAAAGAUGGCUUGCAAAAAAGAGAUUACAGCAUGCCGCAUGGCUUACCGUAUGGCACUCGGCAGAUUGAGAGUCAGGUCAACCCAAAUCGACCAGGAGUUGUCACUUUAUCCGACAAAAGUUCACCCAAUCCUUUGCGAACGACUGCAAAGCCUCGAUAACUACGGUUUACUGUUUGCUCAGUUCAUCAACAUGCAGACGCAGCCAGCUUUACGUACUUUUGGGAUCCGUGCUGCGCCUUGGCCUUUUCAUCUAGUGACAACUGAUA